AUUUCAGAAAAAUUGGAGCCGACGUUUCAUCAACUAGAGAAGUUCGGUCUCAAGUCCAGUCCAUUUGUAAUCAUCGCUGUGAUUGGCCAGGAGUUGGUAGCCGCUGGUCAUUUCAGUGCAGCAGUAACCAUUCUAGAAGCAGCUCUCAAGGUUUGUUGACCAACCAAUGAAAUGACUGGAUGGUUACGCCAAGUCUUGCUUUAUCUGGUAUAGUUUUCUUGUAGGCUGCCUAGCAAACCUUCAUAUGGUACCUGCAUUUCUGUUGUAUGAGCCCUUCAAUCACUGCAGUAGCCAUUAGCAAUGUCAUUGAAAAUUGUGUGUGUGUUUGUUGGGGGGGGCACUGCUACUGAAGUGCAUCCAGUCAGGUAUCACAACUAUGAAGUAGUAAUCAUGUCACUGAUAUUGUCGGUCAUGUCACUGAUUAUUGUGUGUGGGGAGCAGUGCUACUCAGGCCUACAGAAGUGCAUCCGGUCAGGUAUCGCCAUCGGUCAGGUAUCGCCAUCGUCAACUCCCCCUUCUCCCUACCGGAACAAAAAAGGGCACCCUCUGAAUAUCGCAGUGCCACACUGCCAUUUUUUUGUUUUGGAUUUGACAGCGAUAUAACAUGGUCAAGCAGUAGUAUGUACCUGUAUCUGUCAGGUGGUUUGUUUUUUAUUUUUGGUAAUUUGUAUAAUCUAUGUUACUGUAUGUGUAAAGAAUAGUUUAAAUGUGUUUAAUGAGUAACUUAUUUACAAACAAUGUUGUAAAUAUCUUAAUCCAUCCCAUCUCCCCCCCCCACCCCCCUUUUCCAGGUCGGCACAUGCAGUUUGAAGCUUAGGGGAUCUGUCUUCUCGGCUCUGAGCAGUGCAUUAUGGGGGCUGGGCAACUUGGACAAAGCCAUCUACCACAUGCAGCAAGACCUGGCCGUGGCCAAAAAUUUAGGUCAGUUUGUCUGUUUCCUGUCACUGUUACAACCUUUCAUCACACGUGUUCAGUUCUUUCCUGAUUGGUCUCAGUGUCUCCAAGCUAAAAAAAAUUAUCUUGGAACAGCUAAUCCCAGAGCUUAUUACUAGAGCUUAUCCCAAGAGCUUAUCCAAAAGUGUUUGAUUGUAGGUUCUCUUAAUUAACAAAAUGCCCUGGUCAUUGAACUCUCAGUUGGUUUCCAUGUUUACAUUUGAUCAGAGGCCUAGCGGAGGGGGGCAGAUGUCCCCUGGCGCCAGACUAUUUAGUGGCGCCUAAAUGUGCUUUGAUAUUAUUUUAUCAAUGAAACUAAUGUGUUUUGAGAGUUGAAAUAAGGAGGGGGGUGGGUGGGGAGGGGCCCUUUAAAAUCAAUCUUGUCCAAGGGUGCCAGACACUCAAGCUUACGCCUCUGCAUUUGAUAAAGCUAUUAUUUUUAACCCUGCUUAAAAAAAAAAACAAUUAGUUUUAUUAUUAUAAAUCAAGAGUUAUCUUAGUUGCUAAUUGAAUAAAAACACAAACAUUGCCCAAGAUAAGAUAAUGGUGGGCAAGACCUAAGUAAGGCCAUAUCUAGUUAUUCCACUUGUGUUUGGCGGCCACAAGAUAAACAUAGCGUUAAAAAUGGAAUCUGAGCUUAUUUCGUGCAGCACUAAUGUUGCUUGCUGAAAUGUAAAAACAUUGAAAUGUCAGUUCUAAACUUUAGAGGGCUCAGGUCUUUGAACAAGGUCCAUGAGCAAGGUCCAUGAAAAGCUACAUUUUAAAGUAUGUUUAUUUCAUUAAACACAAUAUGUUCUUGAUUUUUGGCUGGGUGCAUAACAUAAGGCUGCCAUGUUUCAUUUAACCAGGAGAUCAAGAAGGGGAGUGUCGGGCGUACGGCAACCUGGGGUCAGCUUACUUCACCAAGGGUCACUACAAGGAAUCCCUGGCCAACCACCGGUUCCAGUUGGUCCUGGCCAUGAAGUUGAAGAACCGCUCGGUGGCUGCCAGUGCACUGGGCAGUCUUGGCCACGUUUACACAGCCAUAGGUGACACUUGAUAUACAGUCUUAGAUAAUUCUUAGUGCAUACAUAGCCACAAGUAACUGUUUAUACAUACACAGCCAUAUGUAACUCUUCAUACACAGCCAUAGGUAACUCUUCAUACACAACCAUAGGUAACUCUUUAUACUGAUACACAGCCAUAGGCAACUCUUCAUACACAGCCAUAGGUAACUCUUCAUACACAGCCAUAGGCAACUCUUCAUACACAGCCAUAGGUAACUCUUUAUACUCAUACACAGCCAUAGGCAACUCUUCAUACACAGCCAUAGGUAACUCUUUAUACUCAUACACAGCCAUAGGCAACUCUUCAUACACAACCAAAUGUAACUCUUCAUACACAGCCAUAGGCAACUCUUCAUACACAGCCAUAGGUAACUCUUUAUACUCAUACACAGCCAUAGGCAACUCUUCAUACACAACCAUAUGUAACUCUUCAUACACAGCCAUAGGCAACUCUUCAUACACAGCCAUAGGUAACUCUUUAUACUCAUACACAGCCAUAGGCAACUCUUCAUACACAGCCAUAGGCAACUCUUCAUACACAGCCAUAGGUAACUCUUUAUACUCAUACACAGCUAUGGGGGACUCAUAACUUAACAUACUUCUUUUUUUUUUUUUUUUUUUUAAUCAGUUUUUUAAUUUAAUGAAAUCUUGUUUAUUCAGUAAAUCUUGAUUUUAAAAACAAUCGAUUUAUUUUUUUUAAAAAGUAUGAAAUAAGGCAACUCUUCAUACACAGCCAUAGGUAACUCUUUAUACUCAUACACAGCUAUGGGGGACUCAUAACUUAACAUACUUCUUUUUUUUUUUUUUUUUUUUUAAUCAGUUUUUUAAUAUAAUGAAAUCAUGUUUAUUCAGUAAAUCUUGAUUUUAAAAACAAUCGAUUUAUUUUUAUUAACAAGUAUGAAAUCAACUUCUUGAUAAAUUAAAUAUUUACCUCAUACAUCAGUUGAUGCUCAUUCACAUCUCUUAUACCUAAUAUAUAUCCCAAGUAAUAAUAAAUAACUCUGCUGCCUGUUAUUAGUACUUCUAAGUUAAUUUCAUUGCUAUAUGAAUGCUAUAAUAAGCUUUAUACAAUCCUAGUCUCCAUCUUCUAAUGUUUAUGUAUAUUCUGUUAUCCACCAGGAGACUACCCCAAUGCUUUGGCCAGUCACAAACAGUGUGUCCUGCUUUUAAAGCAGUCCAGGGAAGUCCUGGCUGAAGCCAGAGAAAUCGGCAACGUCGGCGCCGUUUACCUGGCCAUGGGAAACUUUGAAAACGCCGUGGAGUGCCACCAGGAGCAUCUCAAGAUCGCCCGGAGCAUGAAGUCGAACAUUGAAGAAGCCAGGGCCUACAGCAACCUGGGGAGCGCCUACCAUUACAAGAGGGACUAUCACAGAGCCAUGAUGUUUCACAAGGAAGUUCUUAGAAUAGCCGAGCAGAACAAGGACAAGACGCUGGAGGCCCGGGCCUACGCCGGCCUGGGCCAUGCCGCCAGGUGCUGCGGGGAUGUUUUGGCCGCCAAGGCUUAUCACGAGAAACAGCUGGACAACGCUCUCCAGACCAAGGACAAAGUGGCCGAGGGGAGGGCGUGUUCAAACCUGGGGAUAAUCUUCCACCAGCUGGAAGAGUACGAGGCAGCGUUAAAACUCCAUAAGGUUCAUCUGAAGAUUGCUAAAGCUCUCCAGGACCGCGCCAGUCAGGGCAGGGCGUAUGGCAAUAUUGGAAAUGCUUACAGCGCCCUGGGCAAACACGAGCUGGCCGUCAAGCAACACAAACAAGAACUGGCCAUCUCGUCAGAGGUCAAUGACCGACACUCUGAGGGGUCGACCCACGGGAACCUGGCAGUCGCUUACCAGGCUCUUGGGAAAACCGAAAACGCCCUCCACCAUUAUCUGUUACACUUGAGUAUAUCACGAGAACUCAAAGAUCUUCCCAGUGAAGCGAGGGCUUUGUGUAAUUUGGGGAAUUUCCACUGUGCCAGGGGGAAUCAUUCUAGUGCAGUGUCAUUUUAUGAACAGUUCCUGGCCUUGUCAAGCGAAUUAAAUGAUUCAGAAGGGGAGAGCAAAGCUUGUUUUAAUUUGGGUUAUGUGCACUUUAAUCUCGCAAAUUAUCCAGAGGCUGUGAAGUAUUACGAGCAGGACUUGGCAUUUGCAAGGGAAAGGAAGGAUAGACUUGCACUUGCCAGGGCCUACUGCAACCUUGGCCUUGCCCACAAAGCUCUUUUGAGAUUCGAUGAUGCCUUGGAGUGCCAGAAAAAAUGUUUGAGGCUAAUGGACGCGCUUGAGAACACACCAGGAAAACUGCGGGCCUUGGGCAAUAUUGGGGACCUCAUGCUGAAGGUCGGAGACAUCAAUGAGGCCAUCAAAAUCUACCAGCAGCAGUUGAACCUGGCCAAACAAUGUGAAAGUCCCGACUUGUUGGCCACGGCGUUUGGCGCCUUGGGGUCGGCGCACAGAAUGCUAGGUCAGUACGACAAAUCCCUCGGAUACCACACACAGGAGUUGAACAUUCGGCAGGAGAUUAGCGACCUGCGAGGGGAGUGUCGGGCCCACGGCAACGUCGGGAAUGUCCACAUGUCGCUGGGCAAUUUUUUGACUGCCUUCAAAUGUUACCAAGAGAUGCUGGACAGGAGCAGAGAGCUGAAAGACAACCGCCUCGAGGGACAGGCUUGUGGUAACCUGGGCAUCACACGGAUGAACAUGGGCCAGUACGAAGAAGCCAUCGGUCUCUUGGAGGAGCAGCUGGCCAUGCUAGAACAAAACUAUGGGCCAACAACUCUCCAAGACAAAGGAAAAGCCUUCGGAAACCUCGGAGACUGUUAUGAAGCCUUGGGAGAUUACGAAGAAGCUGUCAAAUGGCACGAGCAGUUUUUGAUCAUCGCCCAGCAAAGCAACUCCCUGACUGACCAAGACAGGGCCUACAGGGGCCUGGGCAAUGCCCAUAAAGCUAUAGGAAACCUGCAGCAGGCUUUGGUCUGUUUUGAAAAGCGCCUCUUUGUUGCGCAUCAGACCAACAGCUCCUCGGCCAAAGCCUCGGCUUACGGAGAACUCGGGUGCCUGCACAGCCUUCUGGGCAAUCUAGAGCAGGCGAUCGCAUGUUUGGAGCAUCAGCUGUCGUUGGCUCAGGAGAUGGGCGAUGCGACAUGCCAAGGGGAUGCUGCGUGCGGAUUGGGCGGCGUGUACCAGCAGAUGGGGGAGUAUGACACAGCACUGACCUACCACCAGAUGGACUUGAGGAUAGCAGAAGAAACUAACAACACAGCAUGUCAAUGUAAGUAGUUCCUCUUGUCUUUUCUACUUGUUAUCUCUUUCUCUGGAUUCAAUCUUGUAUUUUGAAGUGUCUCUCAACAUUUCAACAGAUUUACAAUGAACUACCAUUAAAAUAAAUAAAUGAAAUCAAUUUUCAUUCACAAAGUAAUUUGUUCAGAAAGCUCUCUGUUCUUGAGAUUUUAAAUUACAUUUCUUUGUGAUUGAUCCUCCUGCUAUCAUUUAUUAGAACUAGGACUUAAAAAGUAAUGUAAAUGCACGCAGAUAUUGGUUUAAUUUAAAUCAGCCACAUGUAUUACUUUUAAAAUUGUGGUAGAAUUAAGAAUUAGUUAUCUUAAUUUAAUGUGAAGCCUGUUAACAUAAUAAAAUACUUUUUUGAUUAAUGUUAUUUGUACUGUAACAGUGGGCUUCAUCUAUUUUUUUCAUAAUUAUAUUUAUUUUUACUUCGAGCUAGAGCACAAAUUAAUGUGUCGAUGGUUGUGAUUGAACAGGUCGAGCCUACGGCAAUCUUGGAUUGUCGCAUGAAUCUCUGGGCAACCUCGAAGAGGCCGUCCGCCACCAAGAACAACACCUGAGCAUAGCGGCCCAGAUGAAUGAUGGCGUCGCCAAGACCCUGGCAUACAGCAGUCUAGGUCAGAGGCAGUUUUAAUCAGAUUUAAUGGUGCCAUCAAAAAAAAGUUUUUAAACCACCUCAUGCAUAAAAUGGAGAUUUUUCCAAGAAAUUAUUAACUUUAUUUUUUUUAAACAAAGAAAAUGUUGCCCAAAAGUUUGUCACCCAAAGGUUUUGUACAGGUACCAGUAGUCUCCCUGUUAUUGCAUGCUCAAUAAUCUACACUUGCUCUAUCCUGUUUCACAUGGAAGUUGGGGGCAAGCGAGAAGGGGUGUUGCAUUGCCAGUCAUACGUUUUAAAAGUUAUUUAAAUAUUUUAUCCGCUUAGUGCAAUUCUGUUAAAAACAUAUUGAAGUUGAUGGUAACAUCUUGAUAAAAUUUUUAAAUAAGAAUUUAAACACAUUGGAAGUGGACUUGAACAGUACAUAUUUAUACUGAAUGACUUAAAAUCAAAGUAAAGUUUAAAUUAAAAUUUCUUUCAAUUUUAACGUUUUUUUAAAGAUUAAUUAAUUAACUUUCAAUUCUAAAGAUAAUUUGUGUAAUUCUUAAGCUGAUGUAUUUUCUAGAUGAGUUCCUCAGUUCACAUACAACUCAUAUCUAACCACCUUAAAUAAUUUCAAUCUAUUGACUGGUACAGCUAAAAUCUAUAUCAAAUGUCUACUUCCUCCUUACAGGAAGAGUCCACCAUGCUCUGGGCCACUACACGCAGGCGGUCCAGUACUUGCAGCAGGGUUUGCAGAUUGCUGAACAGCUGCGGAGAAGAGAGGACGAGGCCAAAAUACGCCACCGUCUCGGCCUGGCCCUGUGGGCUGCGGGUGACCUUGACCAGUGUCAGCAACAACUGCAUCGAGCGGCUGACCUGUUUGAAAUGAUCCGGCGUGAAUCUCAAUGUAGUUCCGAAUACAGGUUGUCGCUGUUUGACCUACAAACAGCUUGUUACCAAACAUUGCAGGUGUGAAUUUGGGGGAAUAUAGUUAACUAAUAGAACAAUUGCUAAAGAAGAAGGCGAUGAAUUGAUGCGGAUUAGAAAUAACUACAGAUUGAAUAUCAGCGCCUUGUUAUUGCCACAUAUUAACUUGUUAGAAAUAACUACAGAUUGAAUAUCAGCGCCUUGUUAUUGCCACAUAUUAACUUGUUUUUUUUAAUUUAAAAUUAUCAAGCCUUUCAAGAUUUAAAAGACAUUAUUUUAUCAGUGCAAUAUUUCCUCCUCCCUCCCUAGAGAGUUCUGGUGUCUCUGAACCGCCAUGAUGAGGCCUUGGUUGUGGCCGAGAGAGCCUGCACCCGAGCCUUCAUCGACCUCCUCCUUGAGCGACAGGCGGGCUCAGCUGGGCUUUUCAACGGCACGACCAUGGACUUGACCCCCAUCUCCACCGAACAGAUCACCAGCACCGUGGCCAAUCAGGCCAGCACAGUCCUGUGCUUCUCUAUCGCUUCUGGUUAUCUCUACAGCUGGCUGCUGACCCCCAAGAAAGGUGAAUAGCAACGUCUAUAUGCGUUGUGAAAUUACUUUCUUUGGUCCAUGUGUUACACACAGAAAAAAUAUUCAACAGCAGCUGCAUCACAGCUACAAUAACACAUCUUACUACUGCUGUCUAUACAAUGAUAUUUCAAAAUAUUUUACCGAGAUAUCUUAAAAUGUAAUUAUUAUUAACUAUAAAAUAUUUAUUAUUAGUUCCUUAGGUUUCCAUGUAAAAUUUAAUACAUUAAUCUCAACUGCUAUAACAAUCUGGUGUUAAUAACAAUUAAUCCCUAAAGCUUUUUGUUACUUUGUGAAAUGAUGCACAGUUGAAAAAUGUCAACUUAAUGUCUAUUUUUUUUAAAUGUUUAAUUAAUUUUUUAGGCAUUCCCAGUGGACGAUUUGUAUAAAAUAAAAUGUUUUUAUAAGGUAGUUGAUUUCUAAAACAAUUUUGAUAUUGGUGCCAGUAAUGAUUUUUUGUUUUGUUGAUAUUUUGACCUUUUUACCUAAAUUUUUCUAUUAAAAAAUGUUAAAAACGAUUGUUACGAAAAAUAUAAAGUAAUGCACAUCAAGGUAACUAAAAAAAAGUAACACAUUGAUGACCUCGACAGGUAUUGUCAAAUUCCACUGCACUAGGCUUUCUGACCUGGACUCGGACAGUGAGAUGAUCGACACCCAUUCUCUGAUCAGUGUGUCUGGCCUGUCGCUGCUGGACCAGUGCGUUGGUCAAGUCAGGGAGUGCAUGGGAAUUGAGAGCCACAUUACAACUACUGCCACCGGCCACAGGUCGGUUUAAACAGGAAGAAUUUGCUAGCAUCAAUUAAAAUGGAAAUUAACAAUUUUCUGAUAAAAAUAUACUUUAUAGCUGUUUUCUCCUGCAGAAUCCUACAGGCUAGAUGUUAUAUUUCAUAAUAAAUGUAGUUGGCGCUGUUAAAUCAUGUUAAUAAAAGUAAGCGCUGUUAAAUCAUGUUAAUAAAAGUAAGCGCUGUUAAAUCAUGUUAAUAAAAGUAAGCGCUGUUAAAUCAUGUUAAUAAAAGUAAGCGCUGUUAAAUCAUGUUAAUAAAAGUAAGCACUGUUAAAUCAUGUUAAUAAAAGUAAGCGCUGUUAAAUCAUGUUAAUAAAAGUAAGCACUGUUAAAUCAUGUUAAUAAAAGUAAGCGCUGUUAAAUCAUGUUAAUAAAAGUAAGCGCUGUUAAAUCAUGUUAAUAAAAGUAAGCGCUGUUAAAUCAUGUUAAUAAAAGUUGUCGCUGUUAAAUCAUGUUAAUAAAAGUUGUCGCUGUUAAAUCAUAUUAAUAAAAGUUGGCCCUAGUAUCAAGUCACUUUCACAACUUAUUGAAAUAAUAUCCAUACAUGGACAUGACAAUAUUGACAUAACGCCCUGAUGUUUGUUUCUGACUCGUCAGGUCCAGUGCUAUCCUCUCAGGCCAGGAGUACAGCGACACGGACAGCGAGGCGGACGACGUCUUCCAACUGCAGCUCGAAGAACUCGGGGACAAGCUGAACGCAGACAGCGACCGGACGGGCUUCCUGGCCAUGCUCAACCGCAGCCACAACCUCAACGCCAGCAGCUACAGCCUGGGGAGCGCCGCCAGCGUGGCCAGCACCCUGGUGAACAGUUACGGGGGCAGCAUGCGCAGCCUGGGCUUGACAAGCCUCGGCAGCGGAAGCCUGAGGAGCAUUGGGAAGAGGCUGGGGUCAAGGUCAAAGUUCGGAGGCGGCAAGUCCCCUCUGGCCCUUUUGUAUCAGUUUUUGAUUGAACCAAUGGAGGCGGCCAUUGCUGAGGCUAUGGAGGCAGAGUCUAUAAAUGGAUGUGGCCAAGGGAUAACCGACCCAACAGAUCUUGUCCUUGUGCUACAAGGAGACCUGUAUCUUAUUCCUUUCCUGAUGCUGAGGAGAGAGCAAGCUGAGAGUUUUCUCUUUGAGAAGUACAGAACCAUAAUAGUUCCAUCCAUCAGCGCAUUGCAGAAUGCACAAAAUGACUUAAAGGGGCGUCCUCUCGUUUACUCCUCAGGGGCCCUAGUUGUAGGCAACCCCCGACUGACCCCCGCCAUCUGCCAGCACUGGCAUCUGCAUGAGAUCCCCGGAGCUGAGUUUGAAGCGAGGAUCCUGGGUGAACUGCUGACGUGCCGACCUCUGAUCGGAUCUGAGGCCACCAAAGGGGCGGUGCUGCAUCAGAUAGAACAAGUGGAGGUCAUUCAUUUCGCCACACACAUUUCUUGGAAACUUUCAUCUGUGGUGCUCUCCCCUGGAGAAUUCCUAUCCAGCCCCAGCCAGCAUUUUCCCCUGAUGGACUCCGACGACAGCUCUAGUGAAAUGGGCACAAUGGGUGGUCCUUCCUUGUCUGAGUAUCUCCUCACAGCGGCUGAUAUUCUUAACCUGAAGCUCAGGGCCAAACUUGUGGUUCUCAACUCCGGCUACACGGAUGAUCGGGCGGGACGAAUCAACACAGACGGCGUCGUGGGCCUGACGAGGGCCCUCUUGUCUGCGGGUGCACAGUGUGUACUGUUUUCACUGUGGCCCGUGCCCGACCCGGCCUCAAAGCUGCUGAUGAAGACCUUGUACACGGCCCUGCUGGAUGGGGUCAGGGUCACCAGGGCUUUGUCGCUCGCCGUCAAGACGGUUCAGACCACCGCCCAGUUUUCUCAUCCGUCCAACUGGGGAGGGUGGGUGCUGGUGGGCUCGGAUGUUACGCUGAGUUCAAAGGUCGCGCUGAUGGGUCACGCCCUCGGUCAGAUAGUGGAAGCUCACAGCACGUGCCGGCAGACAUUAAAAGUUUUACUCCAUCUGGUAAGUAGGCCAGUUAAUAAAUAGUUCAAACUGUCCAAUGGUCACUUGAGAUGUGAGCAUUUCAAAAAGUAUUGGCCAGUUAAUAAAAAGUUGAAGCUGUCCAAUGGUCACUUGAGAUAUGAGCAUUUCAGGUAGUUCUGGGUGAUUGAUUUGUGCCGAAUUUUGAUGUGUGUGAAAGAUAAAUAUAUAUGAGAUUAAAAAACAUAAUGAACCUUUAAAAAUUUCUAGGACAGGGGGGAAGUUGGUUAAAAAUUGCAAAUGUUGAUAAAACAGGAUUAAGCCAAAUUAAACAAAGAAGGUGAAUUACAGUGUGAACCAAAAAUAAUCAGUAUUGAAAUUCCGGUAACACAUUUCCAACAACUGCACAACAUGAGUUAAUGAUAAUGUGAAUUUUGUUUUUUUUUGCUUUCUAUCCAUUCAAGUGUGCUAUUUUGGGAUUUUUAUUUUUUGCAUCUUCAUUGUUAAAAAUAUAUAUAUAUAUAUUAGAUCAGCCAACAUUCAUCUUUUCAUGCAGGUGGAGAAGUCCCUGCAGAGAAUUCAGCAAGGUUGCAAAAACUCGAUGUUCACCACCCAGCAAAGCAUAGAGAACAAAGUAGGUCAAGUGGCCGGGUGGAAAGACCUGCUGCAGUCUGUAGGGUUCAGGUUUGAACCUUCGACCGGAGGUCUACAGCCUGCGGUGUUCUUCCCGCAGGCGGACCCCAACGAGAGGCUGACACAGGCCAGUGCAAGCCUACAGGCUUUCUUAGGUAAACUUUUAACUGUGACUACCAACCGUCGCAUUGAUCUGUAAAAUCGAACUGUAACGUUGAACUUUAACAUCAAACUGUAACGUUGAACUUUAACAUCAAACUGUAACAUCGAACUGUAACGUUGAACUUUAAUAUCAAACUGUAACAUCGAACUGUAACGUUGAACUUUAACAGAAAACUGUAACAUCGAACUGUAACGUUGAACUUUAACAUCAAACUGUAAAAUGGAACUGUACAAUGUAAAUGUCAAGUCUGUGCUCCUAGUGUUUCUAUUGUAACAUCUUCAUACUAAGAUGUUUUAUAUAUGUGUAUAUAUAUAUAAGUUUUCAGUCAUAACUUUUAACCUGCGCAGCUUUCCAUCAACCUGACGAUUUUUCACGCCUGUGUUAAUGAUCUCAGGAUUGAAAAUAAGUUGCGGCGUGGUUUUUUUUUUUUGUUUUUUUUUUUUUUUGGUUUUUUUUUCUAAAAAUAAAACAAUUCAAAACCGCCAUGACCAACCGGUCAGGUGCUUGUUCAUCAGCACCAUCUCAUAAAUUUUCACUGUUGCUUCCCCAGGUCUCCCCGCCAGCUCUGUCGGCGCCAUGUCGAAAUUCAUCACAAACUUUGAUGUUGGGGAAGCUCUCAUUCAUGUGGUGAGUUCUGCAAUAAAACGGGCAAGGACGGAAGAGUGAGGCUGGCGAAUUGAGCGACCCUCCUCCCUCACUUUAAACAAAAUACAGCUCAUGUCAAGGCUCUGCCGCUAAGGUCGAAGCCUUGGUCAUCCGCGCAUGCAAAGGACAAACAAUAACUAUCUUAAUAUUGUGUUCAGUUAUUGGAAUGAUUUUUUUAAAUUCUGGCUGCAAUAAAAUUUAUACAUAAAAUAUCUACACCACCGUGCCUGACCACAGGAAAAAUAAUUCUGUUAUUUGUAAUAUUAGACCUAAGAUGGCAUGACUGAUUUAAUUUUGUCUGCAGCCAGUAAUGUGUGAAGUUUAAUAUUUUUGAGUGGAGAAAAGUGAUGUUAUAAAAGCUACAUUUAAUACAGUAACGUUUUCAAAUUAUAUCUUGGAUAAAAAUCAUAAACUAGUAACGGGUAUGCAAAUAUUUAAAUGGUUUCCUUUUCGAUCAAUCAAAGAUGGUUUAUUAGUUACUAUGCCCACACAAAAUUUUGUCAAUUUCUUUUCUUUUUUUUUGUUUUUUUGCCAUUAAAUGUCUUAAACAAUAAUUGUGUUUGUUUUUUCCAGCUACGAGAGAUUAUGAGCAAAUUAUCAGCCAAGGAAACUGGCAUUGAUGUCAUGGUGGGUGUCAAGCUGUGGGGGGUGUCAGGAUGUCAUGAAUACCUGGCUUCUUUAGGUAAGUUUACAGUGUAGGCGUGUCAUUUUUUUAAAAGUCAUGUUCAUUUUUCGCCAAUAUUUUUAUGUGAAGCACUUUGAAACCAGCCCUGGGCUGGUGUACGCCUGGGCUGGUGUACGCCUGGGCUGGUGUUCAGCGCUAUAUAAGACCACUGUAAAAUAAUAAUGUCAUUUGUGAUAUCUGGCCAGAGACCCUAUAACUCACCUUAACCCUUGGCCAGAUACACUAUAACUCACCUUAACCCUGGGCCAGAUACACUAUAACUUACUAUAACCCUGCUAUAACUGAUAGAUAGGCUGCCAACUCCCAUCUUAUACGUUUAGAUAAUAUACACAUAAAAUGAUGUUCUAGUACAGUUAUUAACAUACAUGUGCUGUUACAGUUCCAAACAUACACGUGUGCUGGCACAGUUCCCAAUAUACACAUGUGCUGCUACAGUUCCUAAUUCUGCUGCUACACAAUGCUUACAUUCCACUCUGCCUAGAUAAUCAUAAAAGAAAGAACAAUUUUUUGAAUAGUUCGGAAAGUUAAGAAUCAUAUAAUGUUUUCAACUAAUGCAAGUUUAUUACAAAUUUAAAGAGAAAUCGGGGAUGUAUUUGGUGGUCCUGUUGUAACCUGGUUUCUGGUCUGGUGAAGUUGGGUCCACAGGUAUUAAAUUGCCUUUAGCUUAAUUUGAUGAAAUGAAAAGUUCAAGGUUUUAUCAUAUUAAAACUUGGAAUGACAUGCCGAGAACAUUGGUGGUUACGUUGUAUGCACUUAUCCCCUCAGGGCUAGACCUGGUGGAUGUCGGGUGUGACAACGUUACGCUACGACUCAGCAAACAAGCCGUCAGACGCCAUCUGCAGUUUGCCCUUCAGGCAUUGGUCUCUGUAUUCGGUGAGUUUUAGUUAUAAUACUGUAUGAUUUGUGAUAAUGCUUUAAAUUGAAAUAAAUGUAUGUAUCCCGAAGCUUGUAAAUCAACACACAUUGAUAUUUGGGAUACUAGUUAACAUCCUAAACAACAUUUUCAUAUCCUAAUUUCCCGCUAAUUACCGCAACAUAUCGGCUUGCAUAAAACAAAAUUAGCAUCACUUUCAGUUUUAUUCUGAAUUCCAUAAUGAUAAAAUUAUUGAGGUUAUUUUUAAAUGAUGAUAAUUCAUGAGAUUAUUUUUAAAUGAUGAUUAUUCAGGAUGUUAUUUUAAAAGAUGUUUGUUCAUGAGAUUAUUUUUAACUGAUGAUUAUUCAUGAGAUUAUUUUCACAUUUGUUCAGACACACAAGAGGCACCAAGGACUCUCCAUCUGGAUUCCUCCAGCAGCAUGGAGAGUCUGUCUUCCUCCCAGUCUGGUCCAUCCUCCUCGACAUUCUCCAAGUCGUCGGUGACCCCUCCGCUGUCCCCUCACUCCAGGGGGAAACGCUCAAUCUUCAACCCAGCCGAGAUGGAGAAAGUUAAAACUGCCCAUCGGAACUCUCUAAUGUUGCAGGUAAAUAGUGUAAUAAAUAAUAUUUGUGUUUUGAUAGCAAAAUGCACUUGGGCUUUGAUUACGUGUAAUAUUUAAAAUACAAUAAUUGAAAGGAUACUUAAACAAUCAAUUAAAAUAAAUUGUUCCAUUAUUUUGGAUUUUUGUUUUAAUUUUCCUUAUGAUUUUUUUUACCGUAAAACUUGCAUUUGAGGUAAACAUUUUUAAAAUGUUUAAAAAUGAUUCAUUUCCUGAUCUGCUCAUUUCCCGUGUUAUAAUAUCAACUCCGCAGGGCAGCCUUUCAGCCCGCCAGUUGGACGCUUCAUUUUCCUGCUCCAGCACCUCUGAACAUUCCACCCCAUCAGCCUCGCCCCGAUCUCCCCAGUCUCCGCAGCUUGAUCCUGCUGUGCAGCUCUCACACCAGGCCAGAAUUCGCACCAUGUAUGGAUCCGGUCCUUACAGCUCUAGUGCCAGCCAAAGGUCAGGGUCAUCAGAGUCAACAGGCGGCAACAGGGUAGCCGGAGGAGAACUGACUUUCCAGGAAGAUAUGCAUCGAGAUCACUCCUCCGGUGGCAGCAGCCCGAGGCCUGAUGGCAGCGGCAGCUUUUACAAGGUCGGAACGCAUUCACUUAAAGAUGAGGAAACAAGGAAUAAAUUUGAUGGGACGAGAUCCUCAACACGGUCGUCGCGCUCUCUGCGCAGCCAAGGGGAGGAAAGCAUCACAAAGUCUGUUACUUUCGCCGAAAAGCUCAUCAGUCAGGAAAUAUCCUUUGACCCACUGAGUUCACAUUCACCAGCACCCAGUGACACCUCAACAGAAAGCAAAACAGAUUUACAACACAGGUUGUCUUACUCAGACACCGCGGUCACAGACUUUAGAAAACCUGACCUCGGGGUCAAUCACCAAAACGCCAACAAAACGGCAUCCCAGCUGAGAGAUCAUUUUGAACUACUGAAUCACCAACAAAUACAGACUGGCCCCCUGAGAUCUCCACUAAAUUCAGUGGAAGUUUCCUCAUCUGCAGCCAGUUCAACAAACUAUGAGCAAGGCUUGAGAACGUCUGAUAGUUCCAGUGAUCCCAGUGUGGUUUUCAAAGUUUUAGCUGAUGUAUCCAGCCAAAGAACUGCUGUGGAACAGAUGCAGAGACAGAGCAUCGCACAUUCUGCAGAAGCGAGCCGUAAGCUAAGGGAGGGACGAAAUCUUGGUGCACCCAUGCCAGCCCCAAGAAAAUUGUCCCCAACAAAGGCUCCCUCCAUCUCAACUUCAUCAGAUGUCAGCGACAGUGACAGCACCGGUCAGAGACAUUUCAGGGAUUUAAAAAGCUCUAACCUGAGAACCCCUGGACCAUCUAGUCAGCACAACAUGAGCAGGGUUCCAGUAAAUGUGGACUCUAUAGACUCUCGAGGCAGUGGCGGAUUCUCACACUCUGUUGUCUCAUCCCAGCUUCCUCCCAAGAAACCCGUCAACAGACCCUCUCAGUCAGCUUACAGCGCACUUUUCCCACAAGGCGGGCCGAAAUCUCCAAGUCCUAAUUUAUCCAGAGGGUCACCACUUCUGGAGAAGCCUGCGAUUCUUUCUCCGUUCAUACCUCCUCGGAUGUCUCAUGUUGUGGCUGGGCCGGGGGCUGUUGGCAGUGGUGAGAACAGUAUUUCAUCGGACAACAGUGAGGGGGCUGAGAGCAACAUACAAUCCUCCGUCUCCAGCGGUUACCAUUCAGAAAUCGGCGGCUUGAGAGGUCAAGGGUGUGUUCAGUCAGUCCCUCCCCCAAGCCCUGUCAGUCAGGAUAAGGGCUUGUACACACAAGAAUUUGUCAACAGAACUCCAUCUUUUACAUAUUCCUCGGGGUCCUCCUCUCCAUUUAGCAGGACAUCAAAUGACGAGGCGGGCCCAGAAGCCGAACGCUCAAGUCCAAACCCAUUAUCCAAUGUUUUAUUCCCUAACCAAACGCCUCGACCUACUGCUACGUCAAGCGUAUCCAGACUGGCUGUAACAAGAAAAUAUCCCCAGACAACACAAUCUCUGAGCCCCCCUGUUACUCCACUAGUGAGGACCAACGCCCUCCAGUCCCGCCCCGAGAGCAGCAACAGCAUCAGCAGUCAGUACUCCACGUCCUCGUCCAACCUUUCGACAAUCUACAGACCCCUGGGUUCAAGGGAUUCCCCUAAAUCCAGGGAUCAGAAAUCUCCCAUGUCAAGUAACAACAGCCUGGAGCGAAUCUCUCGAUCCCAUGGGCCACCACCCGGUUCCAUAAGAGCUGGUGGUAAAAACAUGGGCCAUUCUUCGCUUGUGCACAGCGUGGGCGACAAAACAAGAAGCUACUCCCAAUCUCAAAAGACCGGUCAAAGUUAUAUUGAGCCUUACACAGGCUCAGCUCAUCCUCAUACAAGUAUUUCAGAGACCGGCGGUGGGUUCAAAAAAAGUGUGACGUCUGCUGAGGAGUCCAGCUACUCAAUCCACGAACCAACCAGUAAUUGGGAUUCAGAAAAUGGAGACGCUGAAUAUAGAACCAAACUGGCAGCUGCCCAGAGCAGUAUGUAUGAUUCCAAGUUUAAAAAGCCUGGCUCGUAUUCAGGUCCAAGCUAUCCUGGUUCUAGACGUUUCGUCACAAGCUACCUACCCAAUGGAGGGAAUGUUAACCCAGUUCAAAACUUGGGCCAGGGAAAGGUAACUGUGGGCUCGGGUUACCCUCCCACCCAAGGAAACUCACAUAAUCAAGGAGAUAAGUCUCUGACAUCAGAACCUUUACCCACCCAAAACGUUUAUAAGGGAAGAGUGCCACCCAAUGUUGUCCUACAUUCAUCAAAGUGUUAGCUAAAAAAAAACUACUAGUUUUGACAGUGAGGAAUGUUAUUUUUUUUAUUUUUUUUUUAUUUGUUGUUGCUUGUUUUUUCUUUUUGUUUCAUGGCUGCUGGAGGAUCAAAGAAACUUUUUGAAAGAUCCACCAGGAAAGCUUCAUUGGAUACCAAACAAUGAAUUGUGUUCUGUACAUGGGAUUGUGAUAUUAUUUAUUGUCAUAAUAUUGUUGUUGAUGAAUGUGAUGAGUGUAUAGAUUGCCUUUAUUUAGAAGUACACUGAAAAAUAGACGUUCACAUAGAAUUAGAUUAAUGCCCAGAAAUUGUUUUGAACUUAGACAUGAUUUUAUUUACAUUGUAUUAAGUUAUAAAUAACUCUGUAUAAAUAUUUAUGAUUCAUUAAAUAUUAUAUAAAUUGUAAAUUAUCAUUUCACAAGAUGCCUCGUUACCGAAUUCAAUGUUAGACAUUUUACAAUAAUUUUCACACAAUAGAGUUUGAAAUUUUAUGGAUAUGUUUUGUGGGUGUUUGCAUGACUUUUGUAAUGCAUUAAGUUUAAAUUGGAUUUAAAUUUAAAAUUGGAAAGGUAAUUAAUAAAAGCACAAAAAGAGGUCACUGGUCUAUAAUGGGUACAGUAUAUAAUAAUUGAUGAUUUGAUUUAAAAUUAUACAUUAUUUUUUUUUUAAACAUUGUCCUUUGAUAGAUAUUUUAAUUCAACUGAAAAGUUUCACUAUGGAGAUUUUGAUGAAUGCAGAAAUCUUAACUUGAAUCUAAAUGUCACGGCAUGUCAACUUACCAUAUUUGUCUUGUCACCAUUGACAGACUUGUCAUAGGUCCCCAUCUCAGCUGCACAAUUGUUCCCAAUGUUAAAAGUCUUCAAACUGGGCAGCAUGCUAGUUAUUUGUUUUAAAUAAAAGUUUAUUUUUAGAACUAUGCAAGAAUUUUGUGAGCACACACCACUAAACAAACCCCCUGCAACCCCCAGUGAAUUUUUUUUUUUUUUUUUUUAAAGUUUAUCUUAGUCAUGGUGGGCUGAAGGUGAUGACAUAAGAACAGAGUAUUUCUAUAUGUUCCUAGUGUCAACAGGUAAAAGAGUGACUCUGACUUACAAGAUUUGCUCCACUAUUUGUUAUUCUUAUUGAUUUUGAUAGCAUGUUAUUUGUUAUUCUACUCUGUCACCUCAUCAAAUUUCGUAACAUUCCAAAGUGAACAUUCCAUGACAUGAAAAUUGCUCUCUGGAACAUUCCCUAAUAAACUUCAACUCUUUAUCGCAGCAGAAUGAGGUAAUCCAUCAUGCAUACAACAUAUCAGAAAUGCAAGUGAUUUGAUUACAUUUUUUUUACAAUUUGUUUUGUUUAAAUUAACGUUAUUUGAUGCCCCAAAGAUGUUGACUUUGUUGUUUUUAAUUGUGAUUGUUGUCAAUCAAACUAUGCAUUAUAAUUGUUUAAAAUCCAAACAACAUCAUUGGAUGUCUCGUAAAAAUAUAAACUUACAUUUUUUUUCAUGAUACAAGUUACUAUUUAAUAUUUUAAGUGCCACUCAGUUUAUUUGUUAAAUUAUUAUUUUCAACUGGUAUAAAUUACUGUUUAAAAUUUCUUUUAAAAAUGUAACUUUAGAAUGAAUUUCAAUAAGAAAAUGCCAUAGAUGAAUAGUUUUUGUAAUCAAUAGACUGUUCUAAGAACAAAGCCAGGUGGUAAGAUAUAUUUGUUCUAGUUCUAGUCAGGGUCAUCUGAAUGGGGGGGUGGCCUAAGUAAGUAACUGAGAACCCCUGGGCAAAGUAAUGUAUUGAGGCCCCCCCCUCUUUCUCUCUAAUCUUUAAAGUAAUGUAAGAAAAAGCUUUUGGGCCCAUGUGUUAUGACCAGUGGUUCUUUCAUGGAGGCCCAGAGUGCCCAUGCUUAAAGACCAGUGGUUCUUUCAUUGGGGCCCAGGAUGCCCAUGUGUUUCUUUCAGACAAAACCUGGAUUUAUGUUUUAAAUAGACCCAUUUUUCUUAAAAUGGUAUCCCAAAAAAUUUAAUUUAUUUUAAAAUUGAAAAAAAAAAAAAAAAACUAGUCUAGUUAAUAAAAACUUGGGAACUGCUUCCCACUGGCAAUAUGGGUAAUUUGAUGUCCCUAGAAGUCUGAUGCCCUGGGAAAAUGCCAACUGUAGCCAUGCCGCAAGAGGGCACUGGGUCUAGUAUUUAAUAAGACAACAGUCCCUUGUAAAAAUAAUAGAUUUUGUUAAAGCCAUGAAACAGCAAAAUAAUAAAAUGUGGAAAAUAGCCUACCAUUUUAAUUUCAUUACCAGCAGCUCAGUUUUUAUCUAAAUUUAAUUGAAUAAUUAUUGUCACUAACGGCCUCAAAUGAAAUCUCAAAGUGCAUGAGUCUUAAAGCCACCGUCAAAUUAAUUCUGCCAUGUUUAGUAUUGCAUUGAUGAUUGAUUAGCUUUGACCCCUUACAAAAUCUAUGUUAUUUCAAUCAAUUGUUGCAUGUAAUGUAAUGCAUUAGAACUGAACUGUUCCGAUUUAAACAUAUGUAAUGAUAAUUAUCUGCAUGUAUUGUGAUUGAUCACGUGGUGUCUCGUAUAGUAUUGACAUCAUUAUUGAUAUGUAUGCGUAUCAUGGCAUGUGUACAUAUAUUGAGUGAUUUACCUCAAUACUGAAAAGUGUACAUAAUACAUACUUCAUUAAAUUUUACUGAUUGACCUCGCCAUUGACAUGUACAUAUAGUGAAAGAUUGACCUCACUAUUGACAUGUGUUCAUGUAGUGAGUGGAUUGACCUCACUAAUUUCCACAUGUGUACAUGCUUCAUACCAGACUUUUAUAUAAAAUAAACAAAUGUCUACAUAAAAUAAGUUGACUUACUUGUCUCAUGCCAAAAUGUUUCAACGAAUUAAACAACAGAAAAUAUAUC